UUGGUUUGGCGUCAUGACAUAAUUUCCGUGUUGCCUUGUAAAGUUGCACACUGUAGUGUAUUGCACUGAUUUUAAUGAUUGAUUUUUGCAUUCACCCACGCAACCCUCAACAACAACCUUAAACAAUUGCUGCUGCUGCUGCUGCUACUAUACAAAUUACAUCAGACCAAAACAAGAUAUGUGUAUUCCGUAUUCGUGUGUGUAUUCCGUAUUCGUGUGUGAGAGAGACAAACAAUAUCAAUAUCAAUAUCAUUAUCAUUAUAUACUCUGUGUUCCUUGUAAUUAAAAUGUCAAUGAACCGCCGCUUCUGUGCAGAAGAGCUGCUUAGCUUCCAGAACCCCAUCGGUGGCCACACUGCACAAUGUCUGAUUCAAUUUCACCACCUGCAAAAGCCUCCAUCAACCACUACCCCGCGGCGGCCAUCGACCUCAACAAUGGCGACGACGAAUCCGCGGCGGAAAGGCUGUUCGAGAAGCCGCUGACGCCGAGCGACGUCGGGAAGCUGAAUCGGCUGGUCAUACCGAAGCAGCACGCGGAGAAGCACUUCCCCCUGAGCAGCAGCGGCUUGCUGCUAGGGUUCGAGGACGAAUUGGGCAAAUCGUGGCUGUUUCGGUACUCGUACUGGAACAGCAGUCAGAGCUACGUCCUCACCAAGGGCUGGAGCCGCUUCGUCAAGGAGAAGCGCCUCGAUGCCGGCGACGUCGUCGUCUUCGCCCGCCACCGCCUCGACACCGGCCGCUUCUUCAUCGGCUGGAGGCGGAGGACUUCCGAUUCUCAGCCUGGCUGCAGGAUGAUUUAUCCUGCUCACCCUUAUCAAAUCCAACAACACACUAAUUCUCUCCAUUUCCAAUCUCAAGGUGGUGGUGGUGGUGGAUGUCACGAGAAGCAGCAGACAUCGAAUGGGAAUUCCAAGACGCUGAGGCUGUUCGGAGUGAACUUGGAGUGCCAAACUGAGGAAUCAGAAUCAGAAUCAGUAUCAGUAUCAGAGGGGAUUGGAUCGAGCCAGGGUCAGGGUCAGGGUCAACAACAAUCUCCCUAUUAUUAUUAUUAUUAUUCAAAUCAUAAUCACACGCAGGUAUAUCGGCAAGGAUAAGAUCUCCAUGAUGUGACGUCGCCUCAACAAUAUUUGGAAAUUGGAAAAGAAAAAAAAAAGAUCAACAUCCCAGAUUUUCUGGGUAUGUUAGAAAAGUGAUCUGAAAACCCCGAGGUGCAAAUCGAAAAAUCAAAAUUGAGAAAGUAAAGAUGGAAAGAGACUAGAGAGACGGGUCCCACUUCAACACACACACACUAUAAGUAAAUGCAUAGAGAAAAGGGGCAUGCAUUUGCAAUCAAGGGAGUGAAGAAGAUUGGAGCAGAUCCAUGUGGGAAUUUAGUGAUUCUGGCUGGGGAUUUUUCAUCAUAAUUUAGAAGUGGAUGGACAUGGCCAUAUAGGUUGCAAACAUGGGGAGGGAAUUACCAUUUUCUGCCCUCUGCCAUAACUUGAUACCUUUGUUUUUGGAAAUUUCUGUAUUUUUCUCAGCAUGCAUGUCUAUAAUUAUUUACAUUAGACUAUAAUAGAAUGGUAGAACUACAAUCUUUUGCCAAGUAA